UGCCCCGCGGCCAAACGUUCGGGGAAGAACCAACCAUGGCGCACCGACCAGGUCGCUGCCGCAACAAAACCGACGCGUAAACGAGUGGAAAAGUCCCGGUUUUUCGCCGUCACGGCGAGGGCCCGACCCUGCCUGCCUUCAUCCCCCGGCCGCGCCGUUCGUUAAAACCCGCGUCUUUGACUCGCUCCGUCUCCCGUCCCGUGGCAUCCGGCUCCCUUGAGUCCAAACCCAGCAACCGGAGCGGCGAAUCUCGGCAGGCAGGCACCACCGCCCAGCAAGCAGCCGCCGUCGAGGCGAGAGAUGACUGCCGGCGCCGCGAGCGCGGGCGCGGUCCGGCGGGCGGUCGACAGGGCGUGCGCGGCCGCCAGGGGGGCGCGGCGCGCGCUGGCGCGGUUCGCGCCGCGGCCGUCGGCGUUCUGCUCGGCGGCGGACGCGGAGGCCGCGGCGGUGCGCGGGGUCCGCAACGCGCGCACGUUCCGGUACCACUACGCCGCGCUGCAGUGGGCGCUCCUCCUGGCGUCGCUGGCCGCGGCGGGGCACCGGGCGUCGGUGCUCUUCCUCAUGGCCGCCUCCAAGGUCCUCCUCGUCUGCCUCGGCCUCCUCGCGCCGUUCCCGAGAUUGGCGCUACUCCGCCGAUUCGUCGCCGCGGCCUUCGUCGCGCUCGUGCUCGCCGACCUCACCGCGGCCGGCGCCGUCGCCAACCUCAUGGCCGCGCUGGCGGUGGGCGUCCCGGUAAUCCUGCUCCACGCCUCGUUCCGUGUCCGCGACGACCUCGAGGGGCCCUCCACGGAGAACGGCGAGGAGGAGGAGGCGGCGGUCGUGGAGAAGAGGGAUGACGGCGAUGUCGAGGCAGGCCCCACGCGGCGGUCCACGGCGGUCGCGCCAAGAUCGCCGAAGUGACGGACGGUGCGAGCUAGGCGGCUGGCUGAUCGACCAGACGAUUCAGAGUCUUGGUCAAAACUAUCUUAAGCUCUUGACUGCUUUUUGAUAGAUCAAUCAUACAGUACUACUCAUUGGUAUUUUUGCUGAAGUUCCGAAUCGAAUCGGUUAAUACUCUUAUAACAACUAGACGGUGAAUGAGGAUUAUGGAAACCCGAUGUGAAUGCAUCCAUUUCCUUACUACCUGUUGGACUAAUCUUUGAUCAUACAUACACUUAGCAGAAAGGAAUGGAAUACGUGAUCAAAACUGGCAGUCGGAUUUACUGUGACAAUAUACAUUUUGAGCAUUUUUGUCA